GUGUGUGUGGUUACGUCACAGCUGGGUAGGCUUUAUAAAUGUGUCCCGCUUUUCUUCAUGAGAACAAGUGCUUUCACUCUCAUACGAGUAGCACGCGCUCCUCAACAAGACAAGGAUGAACUGUGGUGUGUGUGUGUGCGUGCUUCUGGCCGCCCUCUCGGUCACCUUUGCGGCUCGCACCCGCUCCUCUCCAGCGCAGGAUGAGAAUGACGCUCUGCCCUCGCAGAUGGACUCCAGCAUGAACGCAGGACACGACGCCAACCCCCGCGCCAACCUCAACGAGCUGCUGGCCAGACUUAUCUCCAGGAAAGGUUCUGUUCGUCGGAACUCGAACAAGGCGAAUGCUUUGAGCGCUAACCACCGGAUAAAAGACCGGGACUACCUGGGAUGGAUGGAUUUCGGUCGCCGGAGUGCCGAGGAAUACGAUUACUCCUCAUGAGGGACCACGCCUCAUUCCUUACUUUCCUAAAUAAAGAAUAUAUUUAUUAUUAUUCCCCUUCUUCUUAUAAUGAUGCCGAUGAUGUAUUUGAUGUACAUGUUUGUAAAUUGAUGAUGCAAUAUACACUUAUGCCAAAUAUUUUCAGAAACGUCUAAGGGGUUGUAUUUUGUUGGUGUUGUUUUCGCUUUUGUGGUCUUGUGAGUGACUGGGAAGAUGAAAGCUGGUCUGGGUGACACAGUGCUGUUCAUGUGUUUCCAAUAAACCGGGUCAGGAUUCGGCUUUGGCCUCAAACCGUG